GUCAUGCAGCAUUACAACAUUACGGAAACCGAUGCACGGGAAGACAAAUUAUGGAAAUUAUUUCAUCUGGCCAGCGAGGCGACGCAAGGUUAUCCGGCAGCGAAAGAGGCGCUCUUGUACUCCGCGGCGAAAUUGGCUGGGAAUUCCGUGCAGUUAUUGCGCAUCAUUUAUGAUUCGCAUUAUCAAGGUCUAGGCGCUUUCCAUAUGAUGGAGCUGCCUUACUUAUUCGGCCCGGCGUUGCUGCUCCCUAACCAAACAUACGAUCCGCGAUUAAAAACAAGUCUGCAAAGCGUGUUACGCCAAGUAGCGUACACUGGGAAAUUGGAAGGCACUGCGUUUUCUCCGGACACCCGAUACGGAUACAUGGAGCUGGGGCAGUCGGCGGAAUGGCGCACCGGCGAUUACGACAUUCUUAGCAUGGCUGAGUUUUGGGAUAAAGUAGCUCAGACCCCUUGUCCCAGUGGCAACUAUGGAGCAUAUUGAAAGAAAAGGUGUACAAAGACAUUUCGAAGUGGCUUGACGAAUGUUUUAUUCUCCGCCAUUUAUGUACCACAACUCUUCAACCGAUGUGUUUCAAGAAGCAUCGAAGAGCUGUA